UUACCAGUUUUACACUUCUACGGUUGGCCACUCUGUAGCCGCAUGUGCAGCGAGUCCGGUCUGGCAACGUUGUUUACGCGGUCUUUGGUGCGGCGAAUUGGACCCCGUUGGUUUUGCUAGAACAGCGUGCUUGCUUUCCAAUCAUCAGUUUAAUAAUUUUGCAGUGUUAGACAUGGCUUUUAAGAAAUCACCGAAAGCGCAAAAACCAACUUUACAGGGAAAGCCGGCUGGCAAAAAGGCCCCACCUCAAAAGGCAGCAUUCCCAGCCCAGAAAGACGAUGAUGAAGAUGAUGACGACGACGACCUCGAUGAUGAGGACGAUAUGGGGCUUGAAGACUCCGACCUGAGUGAAGGAAUGGAUGAAAGCGGUGAGGAAGGACUUGACGAGGAAGAUGAUGAUGAUGAAGGUGAGGAGGAUGAUGAAGAUGAGGACGAUGAAGACGAGGAGGACGAUGAAGACGAGGAGGAGGAAGUUGCAAAGAAACCAGCCAAGGCCCAGCUGCAGAAGACUCAUGUCAAGCAGCAGACACCUGCCACUCCUUUGACGAAUGGCAAGAGGAAGGCCGAGCCGGGUGGCGAAUCCCCACCCAAGAAGCUUUGUCUAGAAGACCACAUCCCGGCUUCGUUUGUGGUGGAUUACCGGGAGCGUGACCUGCGCGACGUCAAGGUGUCUGACCUGCCGAAGGAUACGAAGGUGGAAGACCUGAAGUCCAUCUGCAAGGGCUGCGUCGACAUCCGCGGCAAGGGACGACCGAACGAGUUAUCGUACGCCUUUGUCCAGUACCCGAGCGCGGAGAAGGCGGUGGCAGCCGUCAAGAAGCUCCAGGCAACCAAGCUGAAGGGCAAGAGCCUGACGGUGACCUACUGCGGAGACAAGUGGGGCUCUCCCGACAACUGCCCCACGCUCAGCUACAACCUCGUGGACGUGCGGGGCAUCCCCCACCGCUUCGAGCGCAGCCAGUUUGCCUCCCUCUUCCCUGCCGCCAAGGUCCUCAAGUUCUUUGCCGACGGGUAUGCACAACUGAAGUUUCAAACUCGUGAGGAUGUCAUAAAAGCUCUGAAAAACCCCAAGUGCAGGACCCUCAAUGGACAGAACUUGCAGUUUGCCAUGGCGGUCCACCAUUCUAACCAGGAAGUCAAACAGAAAAAAAAGGCUAAGGUCAACGCGGGUGCCACUUCUCUCAAGAAAGACAAGCCGCAACAGCAGCAGCAGCAGACUCCAGGCAAGCCGGCCAAGGGUAGCCCGAAGACACCUAACCAGAAGAAGCAGCAACAGAAGGGUGCAAAAGAGAGCUCCUUCAAGGAAACCCCACAGCAGCAGCAGGCAGGGAAGGGACCUAAAACCCCAGUGGCAAAGUUCACACCAGGUGCAGAGAAGACUCCGAAGAAGACACCGAAAAAUACCCUAGGGGCAAAGUUCACACCAGGUACCAAGCAGUCACAAGGUGCCAAGCAGUCACCAGCUGCCAAGCAGUCACCAGGUGCCAAGCAGUCGCCAGGUGCCAAGAAGGCUCUGGGUUUCAAGCAGACUCCCGGAAAGAAAGGUGUUCGGGCAUAAAAGUUUUGCAGGCACCACGGGGAAACUGUGCCAUUCCGUUGGGCUUGCUGCAUGGGGUUCAAGGGUUAUCCGCCACCAGGACUCUGUCAUACUUGCGGUAUGAACCGCCACACUGGCAUGUCAUUACGUCUUUAUGUGUACCACAUGUCAUAUGUAUUAUGGAGUUUGUAAUAAAUGAUUUGUCCAUGGUCAUGUAUUUUAA